UGUAGACUUCCUGUCAAAACAUUUGAACCAUCUCAUUGUUUGUUUACAUACCUGACUCGAUCUCACACAAGAACAUCUAGCAAGCUGGAAACAUUGAAAACGCUUUUAUUUUGUAACUUUAGUUUUAGGUGCUAAUGGCAGAAGUGAAAUUUUUAGAGCCCCAACACAUCCAAGAGCUGGAGAACGAUGCUUGUAGUCUACAGUUCACAGAACCGGUGCCAGAAGGUUCUGGUACUCCAGUCGACCCACCGCCGCGUGAGAAAAAAAACUACGUCAUCUACAAGGACGAGAGCGAGCUGAACCUGCCCGAGGAGGACGAGCGAGAGACGUGGACCGGAAAGUUGGACUUUCUGCUCUCCUGUAUUGGGUUCGCUGUCGGGCUGGGUAACAUCUGGAGGUUCCCGUACCUGUGCUACACCAGCGGUGGAGGGGCGUUUUUUAUCCCUUACUUUUCUUUCCUGAUCCUGUGUGGGUUGCCGCUCUUCUUCCUGGAGACCGCGUACGGACAGUUUGCUAGUCUUAGCCCCAUCACAGUCUGGAGGAUUAGCCCACUCUUUAAAGGCAUCGGAUACGGCAUGGUGAUCGUCUCGGGCCUGGUGUGUAUCUACUACAACGUCAUCAUCGCCUGGAACUUUUUCUACCUGUUCAACUCUUUCUACCCCGUGCUGCCUUGGUCUCACUGCGAUAACUGGUGGAACACGGAACACUGCAUCAAGGAGAUGUCGCGCUCGUCCGGGGCAGCAGAGGGCGUCAACCACACGUCCAGUCAGGAGUUUUGGGAUCGCAACGUGCUACAAAUCACCGAGGGUAUCGACCAGAUGGGCUCCAUACGUCUGGAACUGCUGGGCUGUCUAGGGCUGGCCUGGGUCAUCGUCUUCAUCUGUCUCUUCAAGGGGGUCAAGUCUUCUGGUAAAGUAGUCUACGUGACCUCGACCUUCCCCUACUUUGUACUGACUGCCCUGAUCGUCAGGGGUACCACCCUACCUGGUGCUAUAAUUGGCAUCGAGUUCUACGUCAUCCCCAAGUGGUCGAAACUUCUGGAGUUCAAGGUGUGGGGGGACGCGGCUGUACAGAUCUUCUUCUCCGUGGGGAUGGCCUGGGGGUCGCUCAUCACCAUGUCUAGCUACAACAAGUUUUCUCACAACGUCUUCAGGGACGCCAUGAUUGUUCCGCUCAUCAACUGCGGUACCAGCGUGUUCGCUGGGUUCGCCAUUUUCUCCGUGCUGGGGUUCAUGGCCCACUCCACUGGCAUCGCUAUCGACAAGGUGGCCAAGCAAGGCCCUGGGCUCAUCUUCGUUGUCUACCCGGAGGCCAUCGGAAAAAUGCCUCUGGCGCAGGUUUGGGCCGUCCUGUUUUUUCUCAUGGUCUUCACCAUCGGCAUCGACAGCCAAUUCGGCAUGUUUGAAACGAUGACCAGCGCCUUCAUAGAUGAGUACCCCCACUUGCUCCGGAAGAAGAAGAUGACUUUCACAGCCUGCAUGUGUCUGUUCGAGUUCGUCCUGGGCAUUCCCAUGGUCUUUCAGGGCGGGGUCUACGUCCUACAGAUAGUUGACUGGUACACAUCCGCCUUUUCCCUCAUGAUCUUGUCACUGACUGAAUGUAUGGUUAUCACGUGGAUCUACGGAAACGAUCGAUUCGCUAAAGAUAUCGAACUUAUGAUCGGGCAUCGGCCGUCGAAGUUUUGGGGUUUUAUGUGGAAAUUCGUCACACCAAUAACAAUUUUGUUUAUUUAUAGUUUUAGUGUCAGCCAACUGGAGCCUGUUUCCUAUGGAACGUACGUCUAUCCAGCAUGGGCCAUCGUCAUCGGCUGGAGCUUUGGCGUCUGCUCUCUCAUUCCUCUUCCUCUUGUCGCCUGCUACAGUGUGUGGAAAGAGCCGACAGGAACGGUGUGGCAGAAAAUCAAAAAAUUGAGCCAGCCGGCCAAAAACUGGGGUCCUGCCCUGAAGAAGGACAAGGAGCGCUACCUGAGCUCCAUGAACCAGUUCGAGAGGGACAGGUACGACGCCGCCCAGCUGGACCUUGACGUCGGCAGAUACCUCAAGAUGAGGGGAAGCGAAGUUUAGACCAGGGGUGGGGAGCUCAACAGUUGGUGUGAGGACUUUUCAUGGUGGGUGGUUUAGUGGGCAGUGUGGGGGCCUUUGAUG